CAUCUAUAAAACCCCUCUGUUUGCGGCGAACGCGGCAUUGAACUUGAAAAAAAAGUCAAGAGGCAAGAUGAGUCUUUCUGCAAAGGACAAGGAGACAGUCAAGGCCUUUUGGGCUAAAGUGUCGGGAAGGGCGGGAGACAUUGGCAGUGACGCUGUUGCCAGGAUGCUGACAGUGUACCCUCAGACCAAGACUUACUUCUCCCACUGGAAGGACCUGAGCCCCGGCUCUGCCCCAGUGAGGAAGCACGGAGGAAUCGUGAUAGCUUCAAUAACCGAUGCUGUGAACAAAAUCGACGACUUGGCAGAGAGUCUUCUUACCCUCAGUGAGCUGCAUGCUUUCACUCUGCGAGUGGACCCUGCAAACUUCAAGAUUCUUGCUCAGAACAUCCUGGUGGUUCUGGCCACCAUGUUCCCCGUCGACUUCACCCCUGAGGUCCACAUGGCUUUAGACAAGUUCCUGGGUGCCUUGGCUCGUGCCCUGUCUGAGAAAUACCGAUAAAUUGCAUACUGGAGGCGACGAGCGGCAGGGUCUCAGAUAGCUACUCACUGCCAGUCUGAAUCUGAAUAAAUCUAAUGCAGUGAAACUG